AUGAAACAAGCUAAUCUUAGUACAGGAAACGACUUUACUACGGCGAUGGGUGUGUAUCCGGAGUAGAUGACGUUGACGGUCAAAAUCGAACGACUUCAGAAAGACCGAUGUCGAGCUAGCAAGCAUGCUUAUUUGCUAACGUUAGCUUGCUUGCUAAUUGGCUGCACAGCAGGGUAAGACUAACAUAAAGCCAACUAGCUAUCCAUGUCAUGUAAAAAAAAACGUAGCUAGUUCAGACAGAAACGGUGGAGCCACAGAUUAAUAGGGGAAACUGCGUUUGUUAUAUCUUUGGUGGAACUAGCUACCUCAUCACACACUGUCACUGAUCACGUUGAUAUCCGGCUAGAUUUCUAGCUUGCUAAGGCCGUUACUAUUAAUAUGGUUAAACUAAAGAUGGUCAUGACGAAUUCCUGUCGUAAACUCAAUACACUGACAUAAUCAUAUUGUUGUAAGCAUCUGUCUGUCGUGUGUGUGUCAGAGUAUGGCGCUGCGGCCGUUGGUCAUGUGUUUUGCGCUGUGCGUGGUGCACGCCUCCAGUAAACCCACCAUCGACAAGAAGGACCGUGUCAUUCAUGACGACCUGCUUAGCAACCGCAACCAUGACGACGCAGAUAACUUUGAUUAUGACCAUGAAGCAUUUCUUGGACAGGAUGAGGCCAAGACCUUCGAUCAGCUCACACCUGAAGAGAGCAAGGAGAGAUUGGGUAUGUUGGUAGAGCGUAUAGAUGAGGACAAGAAUGGGUAUGUGUCAGUAGAGGAGAUGAAGAAGUGGAUCAAACACAGUCAGAAGAGGUGGAUCUAUGAUGAUGUGGACCGCCAGUGGAAAGGUCAUGACCUUAACGGAGAUGGACUGGUGUCCUGGGAGGAGUACAAGAAUGCCACAUACGGAUACAUACUGGAUGAUCCAGACCCAGAAGAUGGCUUCAGCUACAGACAGAUGAUGUCACGUGACGAGAGGAGAUUCAAAAUGGCCGACCUGGACGCUGACCUGAAGGCCAAUAAAGAGGAGUUUACAGCCUUCCUCCAUCCUGAGGAGUACGACCAUAUGAAGGAUAUAGUUGUACUGGAGACCAUGGAGGACAUUGAUAAAAACGGAGACGGCUUCAUAGAUCUGGAGGAGUACAUAGGUGACAUGUAUAACCAGGAGGGUGAUCCUUCAGAGCCAGAGUGGGUGAAGACAGAACGAGAACAGUUUACUGAGUUCAGAGAUAAAAACAAAGAUGGCCGCAUGGACAAGGAGGAGACCAGAGACUGGAUCCUCCCUUCAGACUACGACCAUGCAGAGGCAGAAGCCAAACACCUGGUCUACGAGUCAGAUAAUGACAAGGACGGCCAUCUGACCAAGGCAGAGAUCGUAGAGAAGUAUGACCUCUUCGUUGGCAGCCAGGCUACUGACUUUGGAGAAGCCUUGGCAAGACAUGAUGAAUUCUAACCUUCCACUUCCCACACAGGGUUGGGCUCAAUUCAGUCAUGGAGUUGAAAUCCCAAUUAAAAACACUAUAUGGAGAAUAGGGUGACGUUUCACACUAGUGUACUAAGUAGUGUACGAGUUUGGACAUCAAGACACACCUCCUGGUUUGGCUCCACCUCCACCAUCCUCUCGUCCAAUCCGGACAAUGGAAAGGAUAUACAGCAUUUACUUUGUCUUCGUUUGCAGAUCAACUUUGUUUUUGUAAAAAGUGACAGAAUACAGAUGUUAGUGUUUGUUUUGGUAGCCUUGUUUGAACAAUGUGUCAGGCGUGCAAUGAAGGGCAGAACUGUGCAUGUUGUGGUCAUUUCAGGUUUCAAUUCAGGAAGUGAGUAAAAAUUCAAUAGAAAAAGUGAAUUGAUCCCAACCCUGGUGUGUGUUCUGUUAUGCACUGGACUAUGAAGGGGAGAUGUACAGUGCCCUCUACUAAUAUUGGCACCCUUGGUGAAUAUGAGCAAACGGGCUGUGAAAAAAAAUGUAUUUGUUUAUCCUCUUGAUCUUUCUUUCAAAAUAUUCACAUAAAUCUAACCUUUUAAUUAAAGUAAAAUUAUUUGAAAAGAAUAUAUCAUAAAACAAAUAUUUUUCUCUGUAUGCCACAAUUAUUGGCUCCCCUUCAUUCAAUACUUUGUGCAACCUCCCUUUGUCACGAUAACAACUCUGAGACUCCUAUAAUACGUAAUGAGGUUGGAGAACACAUGGCAAGGGAUCUGAGACCAUUCCUCCAAACAGAAUCUCUCCAGAUCCUUCAGAUUCUGAGGUCUACUCUCCUCUUCAGCUCAUCCCACAGGUUUUCUAUGGGGUUUAGGCCAGGGGACUGGGAUGGCCAUGGCAAAAUCUUGAUUCUGUGGUCAGUGAACCAUUUUUGUGUUGAUUUUGAGGAGUGCUUUGGAUCAUGUACUGCUGGAAGGUCCAACCAUGUCCCAGUUUAUAUCUGCUUGUACUUGUCCAUGAUACCAUUUUUCCUAACAAGUUGUCCAGGGCCUUUGGAAGAAAAACAGCCCAAUAACAUCAAAGAUCCACCACCAUACUUCACAGUGGGGAUGAGGUACUUUUUUACAUGGCUAUCUUUGUCUAUUCCAGACCUACCUCUGGUGUUUGUUUCCAAAAAGCUCUAUUUUGGUCUCAUCUGACCAUAGAACCCAGUUCCAUUGAAAGCUCGGGUAAAGUUUUGCAAAAUGUAGGCACUUGAGUUUGACAGCAAAGGCUUUUUUUUUGGGCAACUCUCCCAAACAACUUGUGGUUAUGUAGGUGCGUCUGAUUGUAGUUUUGGAGACUUUCGGACCCCAAGACCCAACUAACGUCUGCAAUUCACCAGCUGUGAUCCUUGAAGAUUUUUUUGGCCACUCGAACCAUCCUCACUGCGUGGGGUCAAUAUAGACACACGUCCUCUUCCAGGCUGAUUGUUAACAUCUCUCCAGUUGCUUUCAACUUCUUAAUUAUUGACAUGAUAGUGGAAAUGGGCAUUUUCAACCAUCGGGUCUUUCCCAUAGUGAUUGAUGAUGGGAAUUUGACCUGUGUUUCACCUCAUAUUUAUACCCCAGUGAAACAGGAAUUUAUGGCUUACCACUUAUGUGUUCCUAAUCAUUCAGGUGAACUUAAUGUAAAAUAUUAAUGUGAAUAUACUUCAGUUAGAUUUUACCAAUAAGAAUAUCUAGGAGUGCCAAUAAUUGUGGCACAUGCUUCGUCAAAAAAUAUUUCAAAAUUUUCUUUCUCAAUUUUACUUCAAUUAAAAGUGACAUUUUUGUGAAUAUUUGGAAUGAAAGACCAAGAGGAUAAACAGUAAAGAUUUUUUUUUUUCACAGCCUGUUUUGCUUAUAUUUACUAAGGGUGCCAAUAUUGGUGGAGGGCACUAUAACACGGUCCACUCUAUAAGCUACUACCACAAACUGCUCUUUUGAUUUCAUUGGCUAGCAGUGUCUUCAUCCCACCACUCCCCAAAUGUGGCCAAUCCUCCCAGGGUUAGGGUUAGUGGUUGUAGCCCUGGGAUAAUCAACUAGAUUCACCCGUGGGACGAUUUUUACACCCGAUGGGGUGUAGUAUAUGGCCAAUAUACCACGGCUGUACCAAGGGCUGUUAUUAUGCACGAUGCAGUGCAGAGUGCCUGGAUACAGUCCUUAGCUGUGGUAUAUUAGCCAUAUACCACAAACCUGCGGUGCCUUAUUACCAUUAUAAACUGGUUACUAAAAAUAAAUGUUUUGUCAUCAGCAUUCAGGGCUUGAACCACUCAGUUUAUAAUUACAAAUCAUUUGUAGACUGCAAUAAGACCAAACACACAUUUGACUAAAACAUAAUCAUUUCAAACCUUGCUUACAUUUGUAUACGAUCACGUGUCUAUUAUGCAUGGGUAUACUUGGAACACAUUUCUUAAAUCAAAGUCAGUUGGACCUAAUUUCCUAGUGUUUUUACAGUCUUAUGUAUGACAAUGUAAAUCAAAUGAUGUCAUUGUUUUUUUUGGCUCAGAAAACUCGGGCCGCUUGCCACCAGUUGGGAAACACUGUUGUAGCUCAUGGAGUGGGCCUCAUCAAAACCUCAUGAAGACUGUUUGGACGCGUGCAAUACAACACCACCAUAGGGACUGGGGUGUGUGUCGGCCAAUAGCCGUCCCCCGUGUCCCCUGUGUGCAGGUUUUAGUUCCUACAUGUGUGUAGGAGCUUGGCUCAAUUAGGGGUUAGAUCAGUUAUUUUUUAUUAUUUACUUCAGUCUGGGCACCCCCUGGGUCGUACAUUUCUGAUCUAGUACCUGUUCUAGCACAACAUAUUUAUAGCCCUGUGUUAGUACAGGGCUGGAACAAAAAUGCAAAACCCUGGUGUUUCACUCAAGGACCAGAGUUGUGAAACACUGGAUGGGAAAUAGAGAGAAACUGUAGGACUCCUCUUUCCUCCUUUCUUUCUCUCUUUCUGUGUGUGUCCCUCCACUGAGUGCCUCCUUUAGUUUUAUUUUGGUAUCUACUGAAUCGUCUUCUGUACUACACACACAUACUACAUAUGUUUGGAGGCUUAUGAAAGUAAUAUUUCCCCUGUCCAGUCUUCUUCCUUAGUUAUAGUUGUCAGACUGUAUAAUAAUUGUAUAACACCUGAUAUUUAGUGUAUAACCCUCUAUAACCACUGUUAUUGAUCUGGUUCAACUUCUCUUAAUCCCUCUGCCAUCAGGGCUACAUGAUAAUGACAUGAACAGUCAUAACUGUUGGUACAAAGUCAGUUUUGAUAAACUGACACCAGAAGUAGGACUUUUUAUGACAUGUUAUGUCAUGUUUUCAACAGUGUUAUUUAUGUAGGUCUUAUGACAGAGGUUUCUAGUAAAGUGUUUCCAUUGUCUUUAUAAAAUAUGUUAUAAUAAUGUAUAUGCUAUAAUGUAUAUGAUGUAGCUGUUUUUUACAUGAUCAAUCCAGCGCCAUGCCUAUCAGUAGUGAUGACCCUGUACAUACCUUGUCACCUGUUGCCUUGUUGACAGUGUGUGCUGUUGUCAAUCAGGUGGAGAAGUGUUUUUCUGAUUAAAAGGAUGUUGUGGAGGUUUUA